AUGGCUGCCACGCUAGAGGACUUAGGCCUAGAUAUCCUCAAAUGCCUCAACACAAACAGUUUACGCACAUUUCGUUGGCCACUAGGCGUUGUUGUGCAGCAACGACGAGGCAUCGUCAGAAGCUGCGCCAUGAUCUGGAACGAUGGAACUCCAUCCUCACAUUUACGGACCGAGCUCGCUAUAUACGCCACCUCAAGCCCGUGUCUGACCGAAUAUCAGAAUGAAGUCAUGCUGCCACUUGCACAGUUCAUCCAAACCCUCAGGGGGCUCAGUGACCUGAUAUACGCUUCUACCGACCAAAUCUCCCCCUGUAUACUCUCAACGUUACAUCAGCAUCACCCGAACUGCCGCCUCCAUAUGGAUACCUUCAGCCUUCGCAGUCUGUACCAGCUCAAGUCCCAUAUCCACGAUAUUAGUGUAGAUGAAUACGCUCUAGCCACAUCUCUAUGCUUAUACAAUAUUGUCUCACGGUAUUAUGAAUACGACACCGAUGGACGAGUAAGUUAUCAUAUAGAAUUCUCUGAGCUGCAAACCCUUCGGUUACAGAGCGCCGUCACCGCUAACAUGCUUCAGACGCUGACCCGAAUGUCCAAAGGAAAAUUUACUUCCCUUCGUACAUUGGACCUGAAAAUCCGCGUCUCAUACGCGAGUGAAGAUAUAAACAUGGACGAGGCUACGGGUAUAUGCCUGCGAAGUUUACCCCCUCUCGAGAGCCUCGGGUUAGAUGGGGCUUUCGGGAGCAGUACAUUUAAUGUUAUCCUACACAGGCAUGGAAAUACCCUACGCAAGCUUCGAUUCAUGCCAGACCAGGAAAGAAAAGAGAAAAUUUUAAUCUCUUACCCCCGUAUGCAGGAUCUUCAACAGCAGUGUCAAAAUCUUAGAGAAGUGGAGUUACCUAUACCGCGCACCAGGGGCGAUGAGCAAGAAGUUGGUAUCUACCAUGCUUUAGGAAGACUACCGUGGCUGGAACGAGCUUCUUUAUUACUCGAUUGCUCCUCUCGGGCCUUCCAGGAGAACAAUGCCUCGGAUACAAGUGACCUGGAAGAUGAUAACGGGCAAACAAUAUGCCUAGAUGAUACCAAAACCAUCUCCUCCAAAGAUGUCCGGAUAGCCUUCGUCAAUACUGCUGUCGACUCAUCUCUGGCUCUUUCCAUAUUUCGAGCCAUAUACACUAAAAACACUCUUAUUCAUCCUGCUAAGCGCUCCGCAUUCCGAUGCCUAAACUUGCAACCUAAGUGGGCGGCAGACUUUGGUCAAAGACUAGGUGACAUGGACCUUGAAGAUAUUAUGCAAUAG